AUUCUCAACGCUAGAUAACUUUUAUCGAUAACUUCCCAAUUCCACUCUGGUUUAGCUUUUGAAAAUUCAAGUCAUCCUUUUUUUCGAGACUGCCGAAUCAUGACUAAAAAACGCUUGUUGAAGGAGGAAAUUGCCAUAUUCCACCAAGAGACACUACAUGAAUACGAUGGGCUGGAUCCCCAUGACUUGUAUGUGCUUUACAAAAAGCUCCAAAUGGAAUUGGAGCUCAUCCAGGUGCAGGAGGAUUAUAUCAAAGAGGAACAACGCAAUCUAAAAAAGGAGUUUAUCCAUGCUCAGGAGGAGGUGAAGCGCAUUAAGGCCGUUCCGUUGGUAAUUGGGCAAUUUCUUGAGGCGGUUGACGUCAAUAAUGGCAUAGUGGCUUCCACCACUGGAUCCAAUUACUAUGUUCGUGUCCUGUCUACGAUUGAUAGGGAGCAACUAAAGCCCGCUUCUUCGGUGGCCCUCCACAAGCAGAGCAACUGUUUGGUGGACUUGGUUCCGCCGGAGGCGGACAGUACCAUAACGAUGCUAACGCCGGAAGAGAGACCCGAUGUCAACUACUCGGACAUUGGAGGGCUGGAUAUGCAGAAGCAGGAGAUCCGCGAGGCUGUGGAAUUACCACUGACUCAUGCCCAGCUCUAUAAGCAGAUUGGUAUUGAUCCACCGCGUGGAGUGCUCCUUUUUGGUCCACCUGGCUGCGGAAAAACCAUGCUGGCCAAGGCGGUGGCUCAUCACACCACUGCUAACUUUAUUCGUGUCGUAGGCUCCGAAUUUGUCCAGAAGUAUUUGGGCGAAGGACCUCGCAUGGUAAGGGAUCUCUUCCGUUUGGCCAAGCAAAACGCUCCUUCCGUCAUCUUCAUCGAUGAAAUCGAUGCCAUUGCCACUAAGCGCUUUGAUGCCCAAACAGGUGCAGAUCGCGAGGUGCAGCGAAUCCUGCUGGAGCUGCUUAACCAGAUGGACGGCUUUGAUGAGACUACCAACAUCAAGGUUAUUAUGGCUACCAAUCGUGCUGAUACCUUAGAUCCGGCUCUAUUACGCCCCGGGCGUCUGGAUCGCAAAAUAGAGUUUCCACUUCCAGAUCGUCGUCAAAAGCGUCUGGUUUUUUCCACUAUUACAUCGAAAAUGAAUGUGGGUGAGGAUGUUGACCUAGAGGACAUAAUAGCUCGUCCGGACAAGAUUUCGAAUGCUGACAUAAAUGCCAUUUGCCAGGAGGCGGGAAUGCACGCUGUGCGCGAAAAUCGAUACGUUGUCAAUGCCAAGGAUUUCGAAAAGGGGUACAAGACCAGCGUGCGCAAAGACGAAGCCCAACAUGAGUUCUACAACUAAAUGUAUAACCGCUUAUUAAAAUAUUUUACGUUUGAACUUAUAAUGAAAAUAAGAUCCAGUUCAAUGAUCGCUAAA